CUUUUCGUUUUAGUCGGAAUUUGAACAUCGAAGGAGCGUAAUGGGUGGCUAGUCAGGCGUAGUGAGAGAAGAACAACGGCCUUUGUCCGCUAUUUAGCGUUUGUUUUAAACACCACCACUUUUUCACCAUUUUACGACUUGCGCUGGUUUGGCAAUCGUUUGGUAUGAAUUUUCGUUAAUCAGAUAAAUCGCGGGUGUCAAAAAGCUGAUGAAGGAAGGUAAUUAGGCGAAAAUUUAAGCUGCGAAAGAAAAGUCGCAAAAAGGAAGUAAAAAGGUCUUUUCUCACUCGAGCUAGCAGAUAGGAAAAAGAAGCAGCGGUCACGUAAAGAAAAAGUUUGCUAGUGUGCGGGUGUAUUGGUGUAAGCGAUCUCCAUCAUCAUCUCCAUUUGUGUUUGUGCGCGUGUUGUGCUAUCGUUGACUCGGCUUGGCACGGAGAUUCUCUACUUGCAUGAAUCGGAUGCAGUCACUUAAAUCCUGGAGAUCACGUACUCGCUCGUUUUCACCUAAAAGUAAGGGAAACAGAGCUAACUGACUUCGAAAACAACGCGGAAUUCGCGCAGUGAUUUUCGUUAGCGAAUUUCAAUCAAAUUCGAGAAGAUCAAACGAAGUGCGUUGAUUGGAAGGUCUUUUCCUGCUUUACAAUCUGUGGUGCCAUCCCCGUGGAAACUGCAGCAGUAUCGGAUUAAGAAAAAGUAUUCAACUGAAUAGAAGCAACAGCGAUAAUGGUGGAACGCAUCGUGGAAGAAACUUCUGAUGCAAAUUCAGAUUUGCGAAACGCAGAGGUGGCCCGGUACAGCAGUGAGGAAAUAUCGGGAAAUGAAUCGAACGAGGCACGGCUGAUGACCGAAGCGGAGCGCCAGGCCGAUUUCAAUCGACAUAAGGAGGAGAUGAAACGCAAACGACGUAGGAAGAAGCGAGCUAGUUCGUCGAUGCAAUCGUCAUGCUUCCAAGAAUUGUACAAAUUGACCGGUGAGGUGCUCGGUGAAGGUGCGUAUGCUUCGGUGCAAACGUGUAUCAACAUCUACACGGAGCUAGAAUAUGCGGUGAAGAUCAUCGACAAGAUUCCAGGACACGCUCGAGCUCGUGUAUUUCGCGAAGUUGAAACCUUCCAUCAUUGCCAGGGUCACCCAAAUAUCUUGCAGCUAUUGGAAUUUUUCGAAGACGAGGAAAAGUUUUACCUAGUAUUUGAGAAGAUAAAUGGUGGACCUUUGCUGACUCGUAUUCAGGAAAACGUGUGCUUCUCUGAAUACGACGCUGCCCAAAUUAUCAAGGAAAUUGCAUCUGGGCUGGAUUUUUUGCACAAGAAGGGCAUAGCACACCGUGACCUGAAGCCGGAAAACAUUUUAUGCGUGUAUCCGGACAAGCUCUGUCCAAUCAAGAUCUGUGAUUUCGAUCUCGGCUCUGGAAUCAAAUUCACCACCAACAUCUCGUCGCCAACGGCCACACCUCAGCUGUUGACACCGGUCGGAAGCGCAGAAUUUAUGGCUCCGGAGGUGGUGGAUUUGUUUGUGGGCGAAUCAAACUACUACGACAAGCGUUGUGAUUUGUGGUCACUGGGUGUGAUCGCGUACAUCCUGUUGUGUGGUUAUCCACCCUUUUCUGGUAACUGUGAGCAGGAUUGCGGCUGGAAUAGGGGAGAAAACUGCCGUACUUGUCAAGAACUACUUUUCGAGUCGAUUCAAGAGGGUCGAUUCAGUUUUCCAGAGAAUGAUUGGAUGGAAGUGAGUGAAGAGGCUAAAGACUUAAUUCGUGGACUGUUGGUCAAAGAAGCACCCAAGCGUCUCAGUGCUGCUGCGGUGCUCAGUCAUCCAUGGAUUAAAAUCACCGAUGAAGGUGAUUGCAUCGAUGGUGUGAAUUCCGAUGUAAUCAAAGAGAAGCAACGCCGACGAGUAUUGAAAACACCGGGUAUUAUCCGGCGUAAUCAAUCGGCACGAGAGCUAUCGCACUUUGCAGAAUCCGCAAUGGCUGUAAAGCGUGUCAUUUUGCAGCAUUUUUCGAUGCGCUACGAUUAUAUGAACAAGGAGCGCCCUAAUAUUUACCAACCAUCAGUAGUCCAGCAACAGCAAGAAGUUCCAUCGAAAAAUACUAGUUGUGAACCAUCAGGCUCCGCAUUAUCUCCUGCGGCAGGUUCCGAGGAUGAUAAAAUAAUUGAACUACAACAGAAGAAUAGUUCAUUUGACGUGGUACGUACUGAACCACAAAACUGUCCACCUAUGUCAGUGCGGUCGAGCAUUGACAAGGUGCAGGCAGCCAAACGGUACGAUGCGGAUGAAGACGGUGGCUCCUCCACACCCUCCCCAUCCACAUCACCGUCGUCGGUUUCUUCAUCAUCAUCAUCAUCGACAGACGAACGGCGAGGUGUCGUAGAUACAGUUUUCAUUAGCAUCAAAAAGUCAUCUUCGGCGUCUACGUUAACACCAGAGGUGUCGCCGGAAACAAGGGCUCCAUCUUUAAUUUCCAAUGUUACUGUAGGGGGAAAUUCUUCAAUACUUCCUUCCACCCAGGCAGUAAACACUAAAAUUGGCUGUGAUGACAAAAUGAACAAAUCUACCGUCGUAGUAAAACAAAAACCGCUGGAAGUUAUCAAGGAGAAGAGCAGCACUCCUCCGUCCAUAAACACCAGCUCGGUGAUGAUUCCGCCGGAGAAAAAUUGGCGAUAUCGAGGCGAUGAUGAUGCAAACAAAUUCAAACAUCCUUCGUCCAUUCUGGGUCCUAGUUACAACAAUUCCGCUAAAGCCCGCUACCAUCAACAGCAGCAGUAUCGUAACUUCAGUUCAUAUAACAACUACUACAACAAUCAUCAUUAUCAGAACAGUGGUAAUCAGUAUCAUCGCAGCGGAAUCAACAGUGGUAGUGGAGUUGGUGGCGGUAAACCGUCAUUUUAUCGCCAGCAGAAGAGCAAUAACGAAUCGGGUAGUAUUGAAAUCCGAUCGCAGCAUCCACAGCAGCAAUCAUGGCGAAGUCGUCGAAACAACUAUUACAACGAUGAAGAUGAUGAAGUUAUUGAUGGAUCAUCAUAUCGCCAUAGUCACGGAUACGUAAACAACAGUCACGCUCGGUUACAAUCGGCCAUAUCGGAUGCACCGGGUACCAUCCAUGGCAUAUUCACCAACAAUCCUAAUCACCAUCAGUACAAUCGUGGAGGAGGAAACAACAAUCGGGUUAACGUCGGUGGCAACUAUCGUCCGAAACCGCAACAGCAACGCAACAAUGAGUUGAUCCCAGUGAGUGGAACUAUAAAACUCUAUGACGAUUACUCCAACGACGGUGGGGAGAUAGUUAGAGUAACAGUGGGAGAAGGGCGUAUGCCAACACAAAAUAGAAAUACUUUGAACUGUGAUCCAAUAACAAAUAAUACUACUAAUAAGCAUAAGCAUUAUCAUACAAACUCAAACACAAUUGUUACCGCGCUGAAGCGAGAGACGCAGAACGGUUAUCAAUCGAUGAUCGGUUCGAUUGGCCAGCUACGCAUUAGCGAUCUAUACGACGAGUAUGGCUGCAAGGGCAACAAUAAUACCAACGGUUUGACAGUAGGCCUUUCGCCACCGAACGAGUCUCUGCUUAUGCAGCGACGUCUCUCGCUUAAAUCACGCAGCAUUUGCAGUCCAUCAGCAUCGGUGGAUUUCAUAAAAGAACCACCGCAACAUCAUUAUGAUCAUCAUUCACCACAGCAACGCAAAUAUCAUCACCAGCAGCAGCAACAACAACGUCAACAAACGCCAAACACUAUGAUCACGACAAAAAGUGGUUGAGUUCAUUGGAAUCACUCCCUAAUCUCUACACCCAUCCUCCUUUAUUAUACAUAACUCACGUAAAUUGUAAACAUCUUCAGAAUUUUCUUUUUAUCUUUCCCUACACUUUCAACUUUGCCACGAAGCGAUGAUUCCGUCUUUCCAUUUUCUUCUUUUUUGAAAUUGUAAACUACUCUUUUAUCAAUUUUAGUAUAUCUUUAAUCUCAAAGGUAGUAACACUUUGGAAAUGAUUCACAAAUGAAAAUGGUUUAGAAUUAGCACUUAUUCUCGCUAUAUAAAUGUUUUGAACGUAAGAUUGCAAAAAAACUUUAAUAAAAGAAUAUAUUUUGGAACGAUUGCAAAUAAGUUCAGACGUAUAUUAGCGCACCCAACCAUCAAAACCAAAUGAAACUUGCGCGUUCACUAGUCGGGUUCCGUUUGCUGCCUAUUAACCGAAGUAUAUGUGCGCAUUCACGCUAUUUGUUUCAUGAAAUGUGGAGAGAGAGAGAGAGAGAGAGAGAGAGAGAGAGAGAGAGAAAGAGAGAGAGCGGAUAGAAGACAGGGGAAGAAUAGAAUCCUUUCAAACUGAUAAAGGGUUGGAAAAUACGAUAUGAGCGCAAAAAAAAUCGCUUUAUAACCCUCUCACACGUGCAUAACAUACUUGAAAGUCCAGUCAAAAUUGAUUGGGUCAUAUUGUGGUGUAGAUAGGAAAUGCGCAGCAUAAUCACGUGCUAUUAAAAGAUUAUUAUUUUGUUUUUUUUUAAGCAGAAAAAUACAUCAGAUUAAACCGUUGCCAGCUUUCAUUUUUUUUAAUAUUGAAUGUAAAACUACCCAAACAUUUACUAUUUGCAAUGAGUAGAAGGCUGUGCUGCUACACGAAUUGAUCGAAUCAAUAUGUAUGCGAUCAUUUAAAAUCCAGUAUCUAUACUACUACUACCCAGGCUUGCUAAAAAGGAGUCGUUUGUUUAAGAACUGUUCGCAUAUUUAUAAACACGAGACAACUAUUGUUGCCCUUUGUUUUUCAUCUUUUUGCAGUAGAGCUUAUCGAAACUUUGUGACAAGUUGGAAAGCUGCAUUACAACGGAUCGCUUUUUCGAAUGAAUGCUAUUUACAUUCCCAAUAACGACAGCAAACGGGAGCCUGCUUUGAUCGAACCACAUUCGUUCGAAAUUAUGAUCCGUCGUAAUGCAGAAUAAGGUUGGUUAUCUCUUCGAUUGCAACUUUCUAUCAGUUGUAAGUUGGUUUACAAGGGUUACAGUUACACAUCGUCGCUGUUGUACGCUGUUGUUGUUAUGACAAGCGCCAUUUAGCACAUUUCGAGAAAAACGAUUUUUAAAGUUUGAGAUUGAAUAUCUGGAAGCUUAUAAAUGGUAGAAACAAUCCAGAGAAGACAAUUGAUGCGUCUAUUUAUUCUGUAUUACUCUCUGAAAUAUUACGAAGAUCGGUUGACUAUAUUGAGUUUUUACUAAAAAUGUAAAUAAAAUCACACUACCAUGUGUAUUGAUGACAAAAUUUGUGUGGAGUGUCAUAAUCGUGCAUGGAAAAUUUUCCAUACAAACAUAUCAUCAAUUAUUAACUCUUAUUCAUAUCUUUGGUUAAAAUUGGUCUAUAAACAAUCGGUGAUAUGCAUUUGGAUGGGAAUGAGUCAAGAAAAAAAAAUUUGGUUACAGUGUUGCCAAACGUGCAAUGUUUCCAGUUUAAAACAUAAAAUGCAUUUUUCUCACAAUUCGUGUAUUUUUAUUUUUAAGAUUUUCGAUUGAUUGACACCGGUGUAGUGGAGUGCACUGAAACCACCGUUUUUGCACUUUCUAGCAAAAGUGCAGAAAACUGGGUAUGCUGGGUUCUGCUAGAAAGUACAAAACCAGUGCACUCCACUUCACCGGUGUCAAUCAUUCGAAAACCCCAUUUGAAAAUGAUUGUGUCAUUGUGCUUCUCGGACUUGAUGUUAUACACUUCGAGACAAACAGGCGCAAAAUUUUGUCCUCCCGAUGACCAGUGUUUACUUGGUAGACAGUUGUUAAUUUGUCCGAUUUUGCAAAUUUUGUCUCACGGGACGGACCGAGAUCCCCUAAUCUCUAAUCUGCAGUCGGCUAAAAAAAGAAUGUUAUUGUGCUUCUCAGAUAAUUUUAAACAGCAAAACAUCUAAUACAUCAAGAAUGUCGAAAUUCUGAAAACGCCACUAUGUAGAGCUUUUUUAGACAAGUAAUUUGGUAUAUUUAACUCAGUUUACCCGAAAAUGGCGUUUGUCAUAAGAAAGCACAACAGCGACGACAUGUUACUGCUGUUUUUUCAAUUUUUUCCGUCGUCAGAUAAGUGCUUUUCAAAGAUUAGUUCUCGCAUCACCACAAGGUAAAAAACCUUAAGGUGAUGUAGCAGAUAUUUCUUUCAUUAAUUUCGAUAAACCAGCGACAACAUUCACAUACAUAUUCAGUCUUAUCCUUCAUUACGGCGGAUUGCUGUAAAAACUAAAAUGCUACUAAGGAAAACGGAAGCAGAAAUGCCUGGCAGCAGCACCUACUGUAUGGUGGCAAGCGAUCGACUCGAACAUAGUUACAGUUAUUUUUACUCUUAGUUUCCGUUAUUAUUUUAGUUUUGUGCGAAUGAACAUAAGUUGGGACACAUUAUUAAAAUUGAUCAGAAAGUAAAAUUUACUCUCGCCCACAUCCAAUCCACCAAUAAAUACACGAAAUAGAACUUGUGCUCUCACAAAUAUUGUAAUUACAAAUAUUACGUAACCCAUAAGUUAGUAAAAAAAACAUUACUAUCCUUUCGCAAUACGGAAUUCGAUCUUCCUUGUUAGUUUAUAUGAUAAUUAUUGCAUCAUAUCCACAAUUCCACGUGCAUUUUCAAUCGUAACGAACAAACACUAAAGCAAAAAGGAACCUAUUAGGUACCUUUACAUGAAGCGUUAGAAAUGUCAUUAAUGAGCCGCAAUGUUCAUUUUAAUGACGGUUUAAGGCGAGUAAUGAAAGAAUUCCCAUACACUUGCAGAAAUCUCCUAACUUAUUAAUGACACUUUUGUUCGUGUAAGUGCGCCCAAUACUAUAGCCUCGUGUAAAGGUACCUAUUUAAUCAUAGCUGUAAACCUUUUUUUAUUAUUUUAUUUCAUGCAAUAUCAAAUUAUUUAGCGCUGCGCAGAAAACCGACAAGCGGUUUAUAUUUGUAUUGUUAAUGCGAACUUGAUGCAGAAGUAGUUUCUUACUUUACGGGUAUAGAAACGAUAAGCCACCGUCAGCAUUUGAACCAUGGAAGAUCUAUUGGUUAAAGGGGAACAAUAAAAUUCUAUCUAUUACAGAGAACCGGACCCAUGCUAAAAGAAGAUUAAAUAUACUAUUUACUAAUUGGUUAAUCGUACCGUUUUAAUGUAUAAGAACCAGCAGCUCUGUCUAAUAUUUACAUUGGAUACAGUCCUCUUCAUAAUUGAUGCGCUAAGAUAUGCGGCUAGUAUGCCAUUGUACCAUGUGGAGAGGAUAACUAAACCGCACAGUGAAGAGUUUAAAAACGGAUAAUUGCAACUUUUCAUCAUAUUCACUUUUUUACUUCGACUUACAAAUCUGAUGUUUCGUAUUGUGAACAACCAACAACGCUGUGCUGACGUACGUUUGGCUAUCACCUCCGUUGGUCCGCGACGUACCUGAAUGCCAACUCAAUUUUGAACCCUUUAAUGCAUUAAUGUUCAUUUUAUUUGAUACUCAUUUUUCUGGAUGGAUUCGAUGUAUACCUCUUAAUGAGGUAAACGAGACGAAAUUUUAUUUAUUUCCAAAUGGCGACAGUGCGUUAAAGGGGUAUAUCAAACAAAAGCUGAUAAAACUCGACGAUGACAGCGUUCCUUUUCCUGUAUUGCGAUAAAUUGAUUCUUCGCGUGAAUGUUGCUCCAAUUGAUUGCGAAUCCCCCAUUUGAUGUGUCUGUCGUUAUAUAAUAUGUAAAACAAUCGUUUGAAAAAGGAAUGUUUUGCGAUAUGGGAUGAAGCAGCGAUUCAAUCGCAGUUUUUCUAAAUAACUAGAUUUCUUUAAAAUCUGAUGUGCGUAGUGUUUUCAAUUCCGAAAAGAUAAGAAAAGAGAGAAAUUAAGCAAUAUUUAGUAGUACAUUGAUCUUUUAGUGUCAAGCGCUUUAGAAAACUUGUUUAAAAAAAUACAAUUCUUGCUUAAAAAUCUUGAAAAAAACAGCAAAAACAAAGGAAACAGAUAAGACUGGAUUCAAAAUUCCUUUUCAUCCUUCCCAAACACAUACGAGAAUCUAGAAAUAUUGGGAUAAUACCCUAAUCGGCGCUGUCACGUGCCGAAUGCGUAUCAAAAAUUUUCCGCUUUUAUUUAGAAGAUAAAAAGAAAACCUUAGUGAAAGGGUAGCAACCUACAUAUUUUGGAAUACUGUGUGUCACUUGUCUGUUGUGCAUGCACAUAGUUUUUUCAUAACAAUAUUUUUUUGUUCGUGAUAUUCGAACUUCCUGGUUGGAUCGACAACGAACCGUUAAAGUUGUACAAUCUUCAAAAUAUAACAAAUAUUCACCAAAUUUAAUGUACAAUAACAGGAACAAAACUAAUAUUCACACAUUUUAGUGAAAGGGAUGAAUGCAAAAUAUUGCAAAAGAGAAAAGAAACAAGUGAAAUAAUUAUUUCCAAGUUAUAUUUUUAUACAAAAACUCAAUGAAAAAAACGAAAAAAGUAAAAUACAGAGAAAAAGAAACAAAUAACCAGAAAAUGAUAAAAAAUAAAAAAAUAAUAAAAAAAAUUAAAAAUAUAUUACUUACAUUAAUAAGAAAGCCCAAAAUUUAAUCCACAUACGAAAAAGGAAGUGAAAAAUGAAGCUGAACAUAUUACAAACAAAACAAAGAGAAUAAAUUUUUGCAUUGUUGCCAUAUAUUUUUUUAUUAUUGUGUUAAGAUUAUGUGAGAGGUAGAGACAGAAAGGGUGGCAUGUUCCGCCUUCGUUAAAUGAAACCAUUUAUGCUGUGGCAUAUUUAUAAACAAUUUGAAUCAUUUGCCUUUCCGGAGAAAACAGAAAAUUACAGUUUUGCUGAUCAUGAAAAAUUUGACCAAGAGCAAAAUUUAGCGUUGGAAAUACGUUGUCGGAUUCUACACCGAAAAAAACUGACAUUGUAACCAGAAACAUACAGCAAAGAUAAAACACCUAUUUGUUGGAAAUGAAAGAAAUAAAUUUUGAAAUAAAAUUUGUAUAUUGUUUGCAAAUCA